AUGGUUGAUGAAAGUGUAUUAGCAAUCAAUUCAUCGGUUCAGUUUGAUGAAAGUAUUUCACAUUAUGAAAUUCACGCUCAUCAACCUUAUGGAUCUUCAAGUUUUAAUAAUAGUGAUGAAAUAAGAAUCACUAUUCAAAAUCAAGAUUUAUUUAUUCUUCCAUCAAAAAGUUUUUUACAUAUAAGUGGUAAACUAAGUAAAAAAAAUACUCAAACAGCUCCAACAAAAGUUAAAUUAGUACACAAUGCAAUGUGUCAUAUGUUUGAUGAAAUUCGAUAUGAAAUCAAUGGUAUAGAAGUUGAUAAAUCAAAAAAUGUUGGUGUUACAAGUACAAUCAAAAAUUAUCUUUCAAUUAAUGCAUCAACUAACUUGGAAAAUGCUGGGUGGAUGAGUAUCGAUGAAAAUGUACAGUUGACGAACGAUGAUGGAUAUUUUGAUGUAUGUAUACCAUUGAAAAUGCUUCUAGGAUUCGCUGAAGAUUAUAAAAAAAUUAUUGUAAAUGCAAAACAUGAAAUUAUUCUGAUACGUUCACGUAAUGAUAUCAAUUCAAUAAUUCCAAACGAUGAUACAGUUGUUGCUGAAGAACAAAUUGACAUCAAUAUUAUGAAAAUAGAGUGGCUCAUACCAUAUGUUAUGUUAUCAAAUAAACAAAAAAUUGAAAUGAUGAAAUAUAUUCAAAAAGAUCCAUUAAUCUCUAUAGGAUUUCGAUCAUGGGAAUUAUAUGAAUAUCCACUUUUACCAAGAACUAAUAAACAUAUUUGGACUAUAAAAACUGCAUCCCAAUUAGAAAAACCUCGAUAUGUUAUCCUUGUUUUUCAAACAAAUAGAAAAAAUCAAUGGAAUAAAAAUGCUAACAACUUCGAUCAUUGUAAUAUUAGUGAUGUUAAAUUACAUUUGAAUUCUCAAAUUUAUCCUUAUGGAAAUUUGAAUCUUGAUAUAAAUAAAAAUCAGUUUGCAUUAUUAUAUGAAAUGUAUGCAAAUUUCAGUGAAUCAUACUAUGGAAAUCAACAACAAUUUUCAAUUUCAAAAGAAAUAUUCAAAUCAAAAUUACCUUUUAUUGUGAUUGAUUGUAGCAGACAAAACGAAAUGUUAAAAAGCGGACCAGUUGAUGUGCGUUUAGAAUUUGAAUCAAAAGAAAACUUUCCUGCGGAUACAUCAGCGUAUUGUUUAAUAAUUCAUGAUCGUAUAUUAGAAUAUAAACCGAUUAGUGGUAUUAUUAGAAAAUUAAUAUGA